AAUGCAAUGAAGUUGGCUGCAAUCUUUCAAUACUGCGCUCCCUUCCGGUUCGUUCUUUCGGGGAGAGUGAGUCUUGUUUAGUUUAGCUGUAAUUAAAUCUUUCUCCAUCUUCCAACAUGAAGAUUUACAAGGAUAUUUUUACUGGGGAUGAAAUGUUUUCUGACACCUACAAAAUAAAGUUGAUUGAUAAUGUUGUAUAUGAAGUAUAUGGCAAGGUAGUCACUCGUAAAUCAGGUGACAUUGAUAUUGCUGGAUUCAACCCAUCUGCUGAAGAAGCUGAUGAAGGAACAGAAGAAACAGUGGAAUCCGGUGUAGAUGUAGUUAUGAAUCAUCGGCUGCAAGAAACUUUUGCAUUUACAGACAAAAAAUCCUAUACCUUGUACUUGAAGGAUUAUAUGAAAAAAUUGGUAGCAAAAUUGGAAGAGGAAGCUCCUGAUCAAGUGGAAGUUUUCAAAACAAACACAAAUAAAGUAAUGAAAGACAUAUUAAGUCGUUUCAAAGACCUACAAUUUUUCACUGGCGAAUCCAUGGAUAUUGAUGGUAUUGUUGCGUUAAUGGAAUACCGCGAGAUCGACGGUGAAUCUGUGCCUGUACUCAUGUUAUUCAAGCAUGGUCUUGAGGAACAAAAGUUCUAAACAAUUUUAGGUAUUGAAGAAAUUGUGGGAAAAAAUAUUAUAAACUCAAAUGAAGACUGUACACACGCUGAAAAGCUUGUGAAAUUUAGUUAAAAGGAAAACACGAUUUUACUUCCAAUCUCAUUUUAUAAUGCAGUUAACUUAUUCGUUUCAACAACAAUCAGUGAUUCGAAGUCUCACAGGAGUUAAUAAUUGUACAUAUAACUUUACUGAAGGGAAGAUAUACGAGACAUAUCCCUUCGAUCGUAUUAUCUGGGUCUGAUUUCCCUGUAGACGUGUAAUAUUUUCUACUUUUUUUAUUGGUCAUUUAUUAGAGAUUUUAAUUUAUGAUUCAAAAAUGGAAGAUGGGGAAAGAAGUUUGCAGCAAUGAAAAUAUCAAAACAUACGUCUAAUUAUUGUUAACACAAAAAGAAAUGUCCCUGGAUAACAAUUAAAUCUGAAACAUACUGUGUAUAAUGUCCAUCAAAUAAAAAGGUGUUUUCAUAAGUACUGCUUA